AUGACGGAGAUACAAUCUCGGUUGGCCUACAUCUCUUGUGUUCGAUUGAUGGAAGCAAUUAAAGCCAGUGGUAUUUGUCACGUACUUCGACCACCCAUUGACCAAUAUUUUACUCUACAGUUUGGUCUAUUUGAGGAGAUCCUGACCGUCGGGUAUGAAUACACCAAAUCUGUACUUGCAGAUUGGAACAAGGAGAGCCUACUUUUGCGCCUCAUUCCCGGGCAUCAGCCAUCUCUGAAUCAGCCAUUGAAAGAGCCAGAUCCCUUACCCCAAACCAGCAUACUUACUGCCUCCACUUCAUCCAGCGUCCAUCCUUGUCCGGCAUUCUUCACCUCUCAGUCUGUGGAUACAUCUAAUAUCGUCGGCCUUGAGUGUACUUCUAAAAACGCUCUUAAGUUGGACUCCACAGACUCUAACAAGCUCAAGUCAAUUUCUCUGGUUGCCUAUAGCUAUCCCUCACAGCUCGCAUGCACACCAUUAGAAAAA